AUGAACACCCCGGACGACCCCGAAUCCCCCCACGUCAAAGAAGAAGAAGACGACGACCCCGACUGGACCGUUCCCGACGACGACCCCGUCAACCCCGAGCCCUCCAACCUCCCCUUAAAAAUCGUGCUGGUCAAACUCGACGACGACGCCGGCCCGAGCUGCGUGGGCGGCUUCGUCCAAGGCGAGCCGUCUCGAGCCGGCUCUUCCGACGACGUCACGUCCCACUCGUCGGACGAACCCCCCAAAAAAGCCAAAAAACAAUUCCCUUGCUCCGAAUGCGGCAAAACCUUCGGCGACCGCGGGAUUCUCAACCGCCACAUGAAGAGCCACACGGGCGAAAAACCCUUCUCCUGCCCGGCGUGCGAGAAAACCUUCAGCCGCCACGACUGCCUCAUCUCGCACAUGCGCUGCCACGCCGAAGAAAAACCCUUCCACUGCUCCCUGUGCACGCAAACCUUCCGCCACCGUCAAAACCUGCGCUCGCACUUGAGGUGCCACAUCGGCGAGAAACCUUUCUCCUGCCCCACCUGCGGCAACACCUUUUCCACCAACGCGCACUUAAAAAGACACGUCAGCAUGCACACCGGAGAGAAACGCUUCGUCUGCGCCAUUUGCCAAAAGCGCUUCACCACCAAAGGCAACGUGGUGUUACACAUGCGAAUCCACACGGGCGAGAAGCCGUUCACCUGCGACGUGUGCGACGGGACGUUCGCCACCAAGACGCACUUGACGCGCCACGCCCGCACGCACACCGGAGACAAACCCUUCCCGUGUCACGUGUGCAACCAGCGAUUCGCCCUGAAGGAAAACAUGCUGACGCACUUGGAAGAACACGCCGGCGAGGCCCCGUACACCUGCGUGGCUUGCCCGGCCACCUUCGACACCAGGAAGGAACUGUCGAAGCACAACCGCACGCACGUCGGCGAGAAAGUGUACCCCUGUCCGGUGUGCGCGAAAAGAUUCUCGAGCAAGAGCAACAUGACGGCGCACAUGAAGGGGCACUCGGGCGAGAAACCGUUCACCUGCCCCUUCUGCAACAAGGGCUUCGUCAGCAAAGGCGACAUGAUGAGACACAGGGUGACGCACACCGGGGAGAGACCGUUCGGUUGCGACGUGUGCCAUAAAAAGUUCACGCGCAAGUUUCACGUCACCAAACACAAGUGUCCCGGCGUCAGCAGCUACAUCGACGAUUUCAACGAGAGUGAAAGUUUCUGA